CUUCAACAAGGGUCAGAUUUCCAGCACAAAUGACUCUAAUCAACGGGUGGAAGACUUUACUCGAGACUGCAUAGACGUAUCCGGAUUUGCUAUAUUUAUCAUUGACUUCACUAAAACCCUUUAACAGUAUGACGUUAUUAUUCUGUUAUUUUAAAUUAAUGGGCAAAUAGCGAAAAACAUUUAUAAAGGAUGCAUCUUGAGAUUGCACUUAAAUCCACGAAGAAAUCGCGAUUCCGUGGGGCGCACAAUUCUGAUUAGACAAUUCUUAUUAUUGUUCACCACAUGGAAAAAUUCUGAACUCUGAAAAGUAGCCGAGGGCGACCAUUUUUCAAGACUCCAAGACGCGUAGGCUAAUUUGGGUCCCCGUGCGUUUCAAGAUGAACCUAAUUGGGAGCUACCAGCACCAUCACCUAAUGCACGAGACCUUUCCGUUCGUCCAGAGGUGUCAUCCAGACGCACAGUACUUCCAGAGCUGGGUGGUGAAUCACGCAGAGGUUCCCGCAGACUUUCAGAUCCAGCAGCCGUACUCUUCCGAGUUCAGCGGUCCGAGCGUCGCGCAAGACGCCCAGAUGGACGCGCUGUCCGGGCGAAUGGGGAAAAGACGAGCGUCCGGACCCAAGAAAGAGCGGAAAAGGACAGAGAGCAUCAACACUGCUUUUGCCGAACUGAGAGAAUGUAUACCAAACGUUCCCGCGGACACCAAACUGUCCAAAAUAAAGACACUGAGACUGGCCACAAGUUACAUUGCCUAUCUGAUGGAUGUUCUGGCAAAAGACACUGGUGAAACGGAGGGAUUCAAAGCAGAAAUAAAGAAAUUUGACAGUAGAGAUUUAAAAAGGAAACGAGAAGUGAAUGACGGUCUUCAGGAUUCAUUAGGAAGCGAGAAAAAGUUCAAAGGCAGGACGGGUUGGCCUCAACAGGUUUGGGCUCUGGAACUCAACCAGUGAAUGGCUCGCGCCCCACCGAACGGCACCCGGCACUCAGACUCGGUAUUCAAGCGCGCGUCUGGGAAUACAACCACUUGUACACUUCAAAGUGCAAUGUUAUUCAUUUGAAUCUGGGGGGGCGGGAUAUUAGAGGACUUGAAAACGGCACCAUUGCUAAUAAUUUAACCGUCUUAUUAAUUCGUUCUGUGCUAUGGUUGUACCUAACUGUGAUAUUUCCCACAUAAUUUAAAACUAAAUCAUAAACGAAUGAAAAAAGCCAUUAUUUUGUUGUGUUACGUUAUUUUUAGUGUACAAAAAGGUGAUUUAAGAAAUGUCCUUGAUCUUAUAAUGUUAUGGCCACGUUAGCACUAGAUACUUUUCUACUGAGGUGGUACUGACAAGCAAAUAUUGUAUUUGUCGUACUGUAUUCUGUGUGUGUAAAUGUUUGAAUCUACCUCAAAUAACUGUCACCUUACGUUUGGCUCAGAUGAAAUAAAUAUUAAAAUUAUAAAAUGAUCUGUACUCCUAAAUACAGAAUAUGGCAAUAGAAAUUAUUUUGCCGCAGUUGUAUGCACUCUCUAUACGCAUUCGCUUCUAUCCAGAAAUCUAGGCAUGCGAAUUAUUAUUAUUGUUAUUAUUAUGAUUAUUUCGACAUAAUUCCUUACAUAUAAAAUAAACAUAAUAAAAUU